AUAUAAACGACUAUCUACCAUGAUGAUAAGGGCUCCAUUGAGACAUUCAGAACAUAUCGCAUAUUUAAUCCUCGGACAAUAAAGGUUUUAAUUGGCUUAAGGAUAUAGCUUCGUUGAGCUAAAAACCGACCUGUUUAAGUUGAGUGUCGGAACCCGACAUAGUGAUUGAGAGGAUACAUAGCUGUGGUAAGAUCGACACUCUUACACAGACACCUGUUUUCUAACGAAGCAAGAGAAAAUCUAGAUCAAAAUGGGCGGUUGUCGCCUGAUAAGCGUUGCUGUUUUGCUGUUUGUUGUGAUUUGCGAAAUUCGAAUUGAGGCCAACAUACCGGAUGAUGCGAAAAAUUUUUUGGAACACUACAACCAAGAGGUGUUGGAGCAGUCGUACUUGAGCAACAUUGCAGAGUGGAAUUAUGCGACGAACAUCACCGACUAUAACAGUCAACAAUCGGUGAAGGUCGAACUAGAAUUCGCCAACUUCACGCAACAAAUGGCAAAAGAGGCGAAGUCGUUUAAUUAUUCUACAUACCCGAAUGAAGAAAAACGCCAGUUCGAGUCCAUAUCAACCAUGGGCACUGACGCGAUGCGAAACGAAACGAAGCUUGCUCGGUUGAAGACUGUGUUGUCUCUGAUGGACGGGAUAUAUGGGAAAGGCCAGGUGUGUAACAUCACGAAGAACGCUACCUGCUACAGUCUGGAACCAGAUCUGACCCAGAUAAUGGCGGAAAGCAGGGACUAUGAGCUCCUGGAGGCAGUGUGGAGGGGCUGGCGGGAAGUCCCCAAGGGGCAGAUGAGGAACCUGUAUCCGGAGUUCGUGCAACUCUCAAACGAGGCUGUGAGGGACGACGGAUAUUUUAAUGACACGGGCGAGUACUGGCGCUCCUGGUAUGAGGAGCCCAACUUCGAGAAGGACCUUCUGGCUCUCCUGGACGAGUUACGAUCCCUGUAUGAGAACCUGCACGCCUACGUGCGCCGAAAGCUGCGCAAGGUGUACAACGACAGAUACUUUCCAGACUCCGGUCACAUUCAGGCACAUCUGCUCGGCAACAUGUGGGCCCAGUCUUGGAUAAACAUUUACGACAUUGUGGAGCCGUUCCCAGGAAAAGAGAGUAUUGACGUCACACCGGAACUCCGGUCGCAGAACUACACGGCGCUGAAGAUGUUUAAGGUAGCAGCGGAAUUCUUCAUCUCGCUAAGACUGCGGGCGAUGCCGAAAGAGUUCUGGAACUUCUCCAUGAUUACCAAGCCAACCGACGGCCGCGAAGUCAUCUGUCACGCCUCCGCAUGGGACUUUAUGAAAGGAAAUGACGUCAGAAUAAAGAUGUGUACGGACAUCACUAUGGACGACCUGGUUACAAUCCACCAUGAGAUGGGUCACAUACAGUACUACUUGCAAUACCAACAGCAGCCGUACGUGUUCAGGAACGGCGCUAAUCCAGGAUUUCAUGAGGCUAUCGGUGACGUCAUGGCGUUGUCCGUGUCCACCCCAAAGCAUCUCCACAAAAUAGGACUGCUACCGAAGCUGCAAAACGACAAAGAGGCUGACCUGAACUUCCUGAUGCGCCAGGCGCUGGACAAGGUGGCCUUCCUGCCGUUCGGCUACCUCAUCGACCAGUGGCGCUGGAGCGUCUUCCGGGGGGAUACGACACCGGAACAGUACACGGAGGCCUGGUGGAACCUAAGGUGCAGACUGCAGGGCGUGUCGCCACCACUGGAGCGCACUAGCGAGGACUUUGACCCCGGGGCAAAAUACCACAUACCUGGAAACACUCCAUACAUCAGGUACUUUGUCAGCUUCGUGAUUCAGUUCCAGUUCCACAAGGCCCUUUGCGAGGCCGCGAACGAAACUGGGCCUCUACACCAGUGCGACAUCUACAAUUCCGCUGUUGCUGGGGAAAAACUUGCACGCCUACUACACCAGGGGUCAUCUAAACCCUGGCCGGAGAUAUUCCAGGAAAUCACGGGCUCACCCAAGAUGAGUACGGCCGCACUUAAGGAGUAUUUCCAGCCCCUCACAGACUGGCUUAUCAAUGAGAACAAAGGUCACAAAGUCGGAUGGGACAAUAGCUCAUGUCCGAAACUUCCCGAACAUUUCCGUAAAUACCCGAGCGCUGCGGAAUUCCUCGAGUACUACAAUACGGAGGCGAGCAGGGUGAUGACGCGCACCGUAGAGGCGCAGUGGAAUUAUGGGAGCAACAUCACAGACUACAAUCAGGAAGUUUUGGUCAACGUAAGUUUGGAACAGGCAGACUUUGCUAAGCGGAUGUACCACCAUGCCAACCAGUUCAAUUGGAAGGACAUAAAUGACCCCAACGUCAGACGACAGUUCGAGAAAAUUAUCAAUAUUGGGACCAGUGCCCUGGAUGAUAAAGUUCAGCUCAAACAGAUGGCGGAUAUGCAGGCACGGAUCGAGGGUAUCUACGGGAAGGCCAAAGUUCAAAUGUCGGACGGGCGGACGCUCGCCUUGGAACCAGGUCUUACAGAAAUUAUGAAGACAUCGCGUAAUUACACGGAACUAAAAGAUGCGUGGUUAAAAUGGCGUGACGCAACGGGACCGAAAAUGAGACAAGACUACGCGACAUUUGUCACCCUUAGCAACAAGGCUGUAAAGCAGCUAGGUUACAAUGACACGGGCGACUACUGGCGCUCGGCAUAUGAGAGUCAGACGUUCCAGACGGAUCUGCGUCGUCUGCUGCAGGAGUUACAGCCCUUGUACCGUCUGCUGCACGCCUACGUGCGGAAGCAGCUCGCGAAGACGUACGGAGCAGAGAACUUCCCGACCUCCGGUCACAUCCCCGCACAUCUCCUCGGUAACAUGUGGGCCCAGCAGUGGAACAACAUCUACGACCUUGUGGAACCCUACAGGGGCGUCGAAGAGAUUGACGUCACGCCGGAAAUGAUCAAACAGAACUACACAGUGCGGCGAAUGUUUGAGGCGGCGGAAGCGUUCUUCAUAUCUCUCGGCCUUGACCCCAUGCCGCCGGCAUUCUGGAACAAGACAAUCAUGGUGAACCCCCCGGGCGUCACAAUGGUGUGCCACGCCUCGGCCUGGGACUUCUACAACCAAAAAGACUUCAGGAUCAAGAUGUGUACUGAGGUGAACAUGGAGGAGCUGAUAGUGGUGCACCAUGAGAUGGGACACAUCCAGUACUUCCUGCAGUACAAGAACCAGCCUGUAGUCUUCCGCGAGGGCGCAAACCCAGGAUUUCACGAGGCGAUUGGUGACGUCAUGGCGCUGUCGGUGUCGACACCCAAACACCUUCAAACUAUGGGGCUGCUUAAAGAUACACAUAAGAGCAAAGAGAGCGACAUCAACUUCCUGAUGAAGAUGGCGCUGGAGAAGAUUGCAUUCCUGCCGUUCGGCUACCUCAUCGACCAGUGGCGCUGGAGCGUCUUCAGCGGAGAGACGCCACCGGAAGCGUACAACCGGAAGUGGUGGGAACUCAGAUGCCACUACCAAGGUAUUUCUCCGCCCGUGGAGCGUUCAGAGAACGACUUUGACCCAGGGGCCAAGUACCAUAUUCCCGCAAACGUACCUUACAUCAGAUAUUUUGUGAGCUUCGUGGUGCAGUUCCAGUUUCACGCUACCCUGUGUAGGGAGGCGGGCCACAUUGGUCCCUUGCAUGAGUGUGACAUAUACGACUCCAAGGCGGCCGGGAAGAAGUUAGGCGAUCUGCUGAAAAUGGGCUCGUCCAAACCCUGGGCGGAGGCCAUGCAGCAGUUUGCCGGAACAACCAACAUGAGUGCAGCGCCAUUGAUGGAAUAUUUCAAACCUCUCACGGAUUGGUUGAGCGAACGCGUGACAGAGGACGAACUUGGUUGGUCAGACAACUGCACCCACGUGACUGAAGGCGACCAACUGAAACAAUGGUUACAGCAAUAUGAACAGCAGGCGUCAGACCAACUCUACAGGGAGGCUGAGGCUGAAUGGACGUACAAUACAAACAUUACUGAACACAAUGCAGAAUUACAGGACGAGGCGCACGAGGCCGGCGCGCGCUUCAAGAAGGAUGUCGCCGAGCGCGUGAGCAAAUUCCGGUUUAAGGAGUACAAGGACGAGGCGCUCAAGCGGAGACUCUCAAAGAUGGCCGACAUCGGACCAAGCGCUUUAAAGAAUGAGACUCAACUGAAACAGCUUCUGAGCAUUCAGUCCCGCAUGGAGGGGAUAUACAGCACCGCCAAGGUGAACUUGUCCACGGGCAGCAAUCUCAAUCUGGAUCCGGACCUCGAGGACAUCAUUGCCUCCUCAACAGACUACGACCUGCUGCUGGACGUCUGGAAGGGCUGGCGUGACGUUACGGGCCGACGUAUGAAGACGCUCUACAGCCAGUUUGUUGAGAUCAGCAAUGAGGCCCAUAGAGCUCUAGGGUACAAGGACACAGGCGACGCCUGGCGGUCGAUGUACGAGAGUGACAGCUUCCGGUCUGACCUGGAGCACCUGCUGGAGCAGCUUAAGCCUCUCUACCAGAACCUGCAUACGUACGUGCGCCGGAAGUUGGUCGACAUCUAUGGAGCCGAGCGCUUUCCCGCAAGUGGACAUAUACCGGCGCAUUUACUUGGUAAUAUGUGGGCUCAAGAGUGGAACAACCUGUACACCAAGAUGAUACCAUUCCCCAAAAAACAAAGCGUCGACGUGACAGACACGCUGAAGCAAAAGGGUUACAACGCCACUGGCCUAUUCCGGAUCGCCGAGGAGUUUUUUAGGUCACUGGGUAUGUCCCCCAUGCGUCAGGAAUUCUGGGACAAGUCUAUGAUAGUGCGACCCCAGGGACGGGAGGUUGUCUGCCACGGCUCGGCAUGGGAUUUCUACAAUGCCAAGGACUUUAGGAUCAAGAUGUGCACGGAUAUUAAUAUGGAGGAUCUGAUCACAAUCCAUCACGAGAUGGGCCAUAUCGAGUAUCAGAUGGCCUACAUGCAGCAGCCCAUACCCUUCCGGGACGGCGCCAAUCCAGGUUUUCAUGAGGCUAUUGGUGACGUCAUGUCUCUAUCGGUGCAGACUCCAAAACAUCUUCGGCGGAUUGGUCUCUUGGCAGAUGGACAGGAUGAUGACGAGACUGAGAUCAACUUCCUGUUUAUGAUGGCGCUUGACAAGAUUGCCUUCCUUCCGUUCGGCUACCUCAUGGACCAAUGGCGCUGGAGCGUCUUCAGCGGAGAGACGCCACCGGAACAAUACAAUGACAAAUGGUGGGAUCUCAGAUGCAAACACCAGGGCAUAUCUCCCCCUACUGUGAGGAACAGUGAAGACUUUGAUCCCGGUGCUAAAUUCCACAUUCCUGGAAAUACCCCAUACAUCAGGUACUUUGUUAGCUACGUGAUUCAGUUCCAGUUUCACCAGGCGCUGUGCCGAGCCGCCAACCAGACUGGUCCCCUGCACCGCUGUGAUAUAUACCAGUCUAAGGAGGCUGGCCGGAAACUGCUAGACAUGCUAGAACUCGGUUCUUCGCGACCAUGGCCGGAAGCAAUGACUAUAUUGACCGGACAGAGCAAAAUGGACGUCAGCGCCAUUAUUGAGUACUUCCGGCCGCUGAUCACGUGGCUUGAGAAGCAGAACCAGCACGAACGCUCAGGCUGGUCACCGGCAUGUCCCUCGCCGGCGAUAAGAUUCCCGGUAACAGCUCGCAACGAGAAAAUUGGCGGAUCUGACGUAAAUGCCGGACAAAGAAGCGUUAUUUCUGGAAUUCUUAUAGUUGUGUAUGUUCUUUCUUAUAUUGUAGUUUUCUGAUUGUAUUGUUUUAUGUGGCUUGAGGACCCUUUUUGUAAUAAUUGUGGGGUUAAUUUUUGAUAUAAUAAAUAUAUUUAUACUGUUAAA